CCACCAUACCAACAGCAGCAUAGAUAGACACAGAUGCUAUAAAAAAUCAACCCUUUUUGGUACUGUUGCUGGCUCUUUAGACACGACGAGAUGCCGUACAAUGCAAAAUCACAAUAGGGACGAAUGCAUAAUGGUGAGCGGUGCGGCCUUCAUUCGAGGCAAUAAUGCAACAGGUGAAUCUUCAGUCUGGGACGAUGAGAAAUACAAUACAUGAAACAGGAAAUAAUGACUCCCACCAAAAUUCAUGACUUCUAUUAUCGUUCGAGUGGGAACAAUUGAUUGAGGUGAAGGUUCAGGACCAGAAUCCAAUUCAAUAAGCAAUUACAAGAGGAGAUGAAACGACUGCUGUUGCUACUUCAACUCGUAAAUCCUGAUAUAAUAAUAAUGAGCAGGCAAUUAAUUAUGUAAAGAAAGGUUAUUAUGUAAAACUGACUACUUUAACCCAUUAUGCACACAUGGAAGAAAAGGAAUUUACUACCCCGGAAGAAUGACAUUGUUGGAAAUGUGACUUGAGUGAGAGAGGCGAAAUGAGAUUUCAAGGAAUCGGAAUAGAUUUAAUAAUGGUCAAUCGAUUGAAAAAUGAAUUAAAAACAAUUAUUUUAUCGUUUUGUUUAUAUAUAAUAUAUUAUUGUGUCAUUGAAAUUUCCAAAAUUCGAAGAAUGUUGUAGUACUUUCUUUUCGUUCGAACUAAUGUGUGCCUGAUAACGAUCGAGUAUUCGAAUGCUAGCAAUUGUCAAUAAAAUCAAGAAAAAAUAUUAUCCAUUCACUAAUAAUAUAUUACAUAUUUAGCAUGUUAGUAAAAAAUAAAUCCAAUUCAGCAGAAAUUCAAUUUGGCAAUGUCAACUUGGUAAUGUCAUCCUGGCAUUUGUCUUGAAAAUUUCGUACCGUGGUGGCCCAAGUUGUAAGACCCCAUUUAUCAUUCUAUGGGGCACCACCCCAUAGAAACGGUGUCAAUUAAUCGUGGCGUGUGACAGACUUUAACCCAGGAUGAAUCAAUUCGUUUCCUCUUUCGUUUCCUCAGAAACACCGGCGUAGCCGUUAGUGAUUGAAGAAUCCUGACUUUAACCAUUCGGUUUGUGCAAUUCGGAAUGCAUAAGCCUCGGUACAAUGAGUCUCACAAUGUCCUCUGAGUUGGGCAUACGUCUGUCUAAUUUCUGUGAAACAAUGGAGAGUGAACUUGUAAGCCGUUGUAUAAAAGUGUUUAGAUUUGAACCUCAUGCUCGAAAACGGAUUUUGCUGAUCCUUGGAGAAGUCACGUUGACAAUCCUUGUUCCGGUCACAGGAGAAGUAAAGCAGAUUCUGGAGGAUUUUAAGAAACCAAUUUGUCUUCUUGGUUUAUCAAGUGGAAUUAAUCAUACUGAAAAAAUCGCCAAAGAGGUUUUGGCAAUGUGUCCAUUUAUUGACAACUCCAUGAUUCACGGUCUUGUGGAAGUAAUUGAAGAACUGAAAUCUCGGGAGUAUGACCAGAACGGGAUAGUAGUUAAAAAUGAGACUGCAUCUGAUGGAUCAUACCUUCCUCGAUUUCCUGAAAUAUUUCAGAAUCUGUCAGAUGAAAAUAUGCUGUACGAGAGUAAUGAUGAGGAACCAGACUUUGGGAAAUUGAACCAUUAUAUUCACUUGCUUUAUGAAGACAUGGCCCAUAAAAUUGAAGGUACUUACAUACAUGUUUGUGCUAAUACAAUACAUACAUAUAACCACAAAACAAAGGGCACGAAAUAAUUUACACAU